AUGGGAGUAGAAGAAGAGGGUUUUAGAGGUUGGCCGCCGGCGCCAAGUAGUGCGCCUUCCUACAUACAGAAAGAUGACCACUGCACCCAUUUUGAUAACUCGGUGAAUGCAGUUUCAUUUGGGUUUGUUGCUACCGCCAUACUCAUCUCUAUGUUUCUUGUCAUGGCUAUCUUUGAGAAGUUCCUCAGAACCACCUCGCAGACUGUAACGCCGUCUGGUGUCCCCCGCCGCCACACUGACAUUGAGUCUCAGAGCAACAUAAUUAUAGGGUUGAAUUCAAAGCUUGGGCACCCAUCACCUAAAAUGUCUGUUAAUGCCAGAGAAGUUUCAGUGCUGAUGCCCGGAGAUAAUGUUCCAACUUUUAUUGCACAGCCAGCUCCUGUGCUCUGUCCCAUGGAGGGCACGCCUUCCCCUUCCCCAUUAACAUAG